CUACCCCUCCUUCUUACCCCCCCUCUCCCCUCGAGAACUCCGUGGCUUUCACUCCCCUGAAAGUAAUAUAAGCCUUGUGGCUUACCCUUGCACUGGACUUUUUACCCCCGAUCUGGUAGCCUUUUAGGAGCUGUUUGCUUCUUCUUCUCACUUGUUUUUUUGUUCCUUGCUAUUGGACGUCCGUCUGUCAACUAUGUCUCCCUUGUGUCCUGUUGCGAAGAGUGUGGAGAUUGUUGAUAUUCGUCAGAAUGACGUACAGUUCUCCCUAGUAAAUGAUAUCCAGAGAGGCAUCGAUCCUCCUCCAGGAACCAGCCGGUCGAUGCCCACAAUGCUGCUCUAUGAUGCUCAAGGGCUCAAGCUCUUUGAGGACAUCACCUAUCUGGAGGAAUAUUACUUGACCAACGCGGAGAUUGAGGUGCUUCAGACUCAUGCUAGGAGGAUCGUGGAACGGUUCCCUGACAAUGCGCAAUUGCUGGAGCUAGGUAGCGGAAACUUGCGGAAAGUCGAGAUACUUCUCCGGGAAUUCGAAGCGGUGGGCAAGAACGUGGACUACUAUGCCUUGGACCUGUCGUUGUCCGAGCUGGAGCGUACCUUCUCGGAGGUCUCGAUCGAUCAGUAUCACCAUGUCGAGCUCCAUGGCCUCCAUGGGACGUACGAUGACGCUCUUUCCUGGUUGAACAUCCCAGAGAACAGGAAAUCGCCGACGGUGAUCUUGUCGAUGGGGUCGUCCAUGGGCAACUUUGACCGUCACUCUGCCGCGAAAUUUCUCUCCCAAUAUUCCAGGAUCCUGGGGCCGUCUGACAUGAUGGUGAUUGGGUUGGAUAGCUGCACUGACUCGAACAAAGUGUUUAAGGCCUACAACGACUCCAAGGGAGUCACGCGACAAUUCUACAAUAACGGACUUGUGCACGCGAAUACCGUACUCGGUUAUGAAGCGUUCAAACCGGAUGAAUGGGAGGUUGUGACUGAAUACGACACCGUUGAGGGACGACACCAAGCUUUCUAUGCGCCGACGCGGGAUGUGACUAUAAACGGCGUACUACUUAAGAAGGGCGAGAGGCUUGUCUUUGAGGAGGCGUUCAAGUACGAUGCUAAGCAGCUCGAGAAACUGUGGCAUGAUGCGGGCUUUAUUCAUAACAUGGAGAUUGGGAACGACUCUGGGGAGUAUCGCAUUCAUUUGCUUUCUUCGGCUGCUCUCAGCUAUCCAAAGUCGCCGUCACGGUAUGCAGCCCAUGCAGUUCCGAGCUUUGAAGACUUCCAGUCCCUGUGGACAGCGUGGGACGUUGUGACCAAGGCAAUGGUUCCCCGCGAGAACCUUCUCUCCAAGCCGAUCAAACUGCGAAAUGCGUUGAUCUUCUACCUGGGACAUAUUCCCACAUUCCUCGACAUCCAUUUGAAUCGAGCUCUCGGUGGAAAGCUUACGCAUCCUAAAUCGUUUCAACUCAUAUUCGAGCGGGGGAUAGAUCCCGAUGUUGACGAUCCACAAAAGUGCCACAAGCACAGCGAGAUCCCAGACGAAUGGCCUGUCCUUGGAGAUAUCAUGGAUUAUCAAGAGAGGGUCCGAAGCAGGGUGCAGUCGAUUUUCCAGAAGCAUGAGGUGGCAGAAAACAGAUGUCUGGGUGAAGCGCUUUGGAUUGGCUUUGAGCACGAGGCAAUGCACCUGGAGACGUUCCUCUACAUGCUCCUCCAGAGCGAACGGACCCUUUCGCCUCCGGCUGUCCCGCUGCCAGAUUUCGAGAAACUGUUCCGGGACGCUCGGGCAGAGGAGAAGCCCAACCAGUGGUUCUCCAUUCCCGAACAGGCCUUGUCGAUCGGGCUGGAUGACGGUGGUGAUUCGGUGCCCAGUGCUUCAUACGGGUGGGACAACGAAAAGCCUCGGAGGACCAUCGCCGUGGGAGCCUUUGAGGCCCAAGCGCGGCCCAUCACCAAUGGCGAAUACGCUAAAUUUAUACAAGCCAACCAGCUAGCCCAAAAGCCAGAGUCGUGGGUCUUAGUGCAGCCGGAUGAGACAUCCAAUGGAAUCGGCCAGAAUGGCACGCAUCCCGCCAGAGACUUUGUGUCCAACUUUGCGGUUCGCACUGUCUUUGGCCCUGUUCCGUUGGAGUUCGCCCAGGACUGGCCGGUCAUUGCGUCCUACGAUGAACUGGCCCGGUACGCGCAGUGGGUGGGCUGUAGAAUCCCUACCUUCGAAGAGGCCAGGAGCAUCUACGCCUACUCGGCACAGCUAAGAGGAGCUGGCCAUGGUAUGAAUGGACACAGCACAUCCAACGGAGUCAACGGAAACGGACACUCCGAAGUCAACCCCCUCAAGCCUCGUACCCCGAACCACCAGCCUGUUCAGGACCCUUCGCCCGACAGCAUGCCGGUGUUUGUCGACCUCGACGACUGCAACGUCGGGUUCAAACACUGGCACCCUACCCCCGUCAUCCAGAACGGCGACCGACUCGCCGGGCAAGGAGAGAUGGGGGGCGUCUGGGAGUGGACGAGCACGACCCUCGCACCGCAUGACGGGUUCGAGGCCAUGCAGAUCUACCCCGGAUAUACGUCCGAUUUCUUCGACGGAAAGCACAAUGUCAUCCUCGGAGGAUCGUGGGCGACGCACCCGCGGAUUGCGGGACGCACUACGUUUGUCAAUUGGUACCAGCGUAACUACCCCUACCCCUGGGCGGGAGCACGGUUGGUUCGGGAUCUAUAGAUCAAUCAAUGAAUACCAAGCAAUGACUUCAGUGUCUGGUGCC